AUGGACGAAGGAGUGAGAUCUGUAGGUCCGUCUGGGGUGUUGGUGAAGAAUCGGAAUUCCUCGGGGUGUUUGAUUGUGAGGAAGAAGCCGGAUGCGAUCAGUGGCGGCGGCGGCGGUGGUGGAGGUGGUUCGGGUUCGAGGAAGGUUUUCGAAUCGAAGAAGGAGAAGAAGAGGUCGAGGCUGGUGAUGAGUGAUUCGGGGUCGAGUGAUGAGCUGUUGAUGCCGCCGAGGAGGAAGGUGGGGCCGGAGACGGUUCGGGUUUGUAAUGCAUUGGAGAAGGGCAUUGCGGAAGGGAGUGGGAAGAGGGAUAGGGCGGAGAGUGUGCGGCGGAAUGAGGAGGGUUUGAUGGGGGGAAGGACUAAUUUGGAGGUGUUUGAGUUUAAUGAGUAUGAUGGGGUUGAGGGGCAGACGGUGAGGAGGAGCCGGUUCGGGGAUGGGGUUAUUGGAGUUGAGUUUGGGGAGAGGAGGUAUGGGGGAUCUGCCAUGCAGGUGCCACGGAGUGGGAUCAAGAGGGAGUUUGAGACUGGUUCGAGUAGGCAUCUUGUUGACAAGAGGAAGAGCUUGUAUCAUGAGAGGACAGGGAGUUUGGGCCGGGGAGAUAGGGGUAUAUAUGGUGAUGGAGGUCAGCUGCCGUUAGCGAGAGACAAGUUUGUGGGUGUUUCGGAUGAACCUAUUAGGGUUCAGGGUAAGAAUGGUGUUUUGAAGGUGAUGGUGAAGAAGAAGAACAAUGUGCCUGGGCCACUAGGGACAUAUAUUUUUCCAAAAGCUGAAGAGCAUAGAAAAGCUCCGAGAAGUGAAGAUAUCCCUAAGAAGAAUGCAAUCAUCCCUCCAUUUUUUGCUGAACCAAAGCCUCUUGAGAAACCAGUUUUGGCUGCUAGGACAGAGAAAAGCCAUAUGAAUUUGCGAAAAUCAUUGCCCAUUAAGAGCAGCAAGAGCUCUGACUGGGAUUCAGAAGACAGUGAUACUUCUUUGAAGCUAGGAGCAAAGAGUGCCGAAGCCUCUAAACCUAUGAAGAGGGCAGGUUUCAAAGUUGAAGAUGGUCCUUCAUCUGAAAAGAGCCCUCCAGCCAAAAAUAAAGAAGUCAAACUUAAACGUGGUAGUGGCACAGAGAAGCAGAAACUGCGUGAACGUAUAAGGGAGAUGCUUCUGAAUGCAGGCUGGACCAUUGAUUAUAGGCCUAGAAGGAACAGAGACUACCUGGAUGCUGUGUACAUUAACCCAUCAGGUACAGCUUACUGGUCCAUCAUUAAGGCUUAUGACGCUCUUCAAAAGCAAACAAAUGAAGAAAAUGAGGCUAGACGUAUUGGGGAUGGUUCUUCACUUGCACCUAUAACGGAUGACGUACUCAGUCAGUUAACCAGGAAAACUCGAAAGAAGAUGGAGAAAGAAAUGAAAAGGAAGCAGCAAAGAGCUGACAGUGACAGUGAUAAUGCAAAAGGAGCCCGUAUGAAAAAAUCUAGAACGUCCAAGCAUGAUCCAGAGAGCAUGGACAGUGUUAGUUAUGAGGAAAAACUAAGCUCCUACCUGAAGCAAGGUGGUAAGUCAUUCAAGGGUAGAAUGUAUGAAAAUGGUUUCGAUUCAAAUGCUCAGAGUUCCUCUCAACAUUUACCUGGCACUGUUGAAAAACCAUCAUCUGGAUCUAGUUCUCAUAUGCCUCACGGAAGGAAAAGUAGAAAGCUUGGUAGAUGUACUUUGUUGGUUCGUGGUUCUAACAAGGCGCUUAACUCGGAAAAUGAUGGCUUUGUUCCAUAUACUGGAAAACGAACAUUGCUUUCCUGGCUGAUUGAUACAGGAACUGUGCAAUUGAGCCAAAAGGUGCAGUAUAUGAAUCGGAGAAGAACUAAAGUAAUGCUGGAGGGUUGGAUUACAAGAGAUGGCAUUCACUGUGGUUGCUGUAGUAAGAUCCUCACAGUCUCGAAAUUUGAGAUUCAUGCAGGGAGCAAAUUGCGCCAGCCAUUUCAAAAUAUAUGCUUGGACUCUGGGGUUUCCCUUCUGCAAUGUCAAAUAGAUGCAUGGAAUAGACAAGAGGAUAUUGACCGCAUUGGUUUCCACUCUGUACAAGUAGACGGUGAUGAUCCCGAUGAUGAUACCUGUGGCCUCUGUGGAGAUGGUGGGGAUUUGAUCUGUUGUGAUGGCUGUCCUUCAACAUUUCAUCAGAGCUGCUUGAACAUACAGAUGCUUCCUCCAGGUGAUUGGCACUGCCCAAAUUGUGUUUGCAAAGUUUGUGGAAUAGCUAGUGAGAAUGUUGCUGAAGAGGAUGAGACAACUGUUUCUGCACUACUGGCUUGUAGUCUCUGUGGAAAGAAAUGUCACGUAUCAUGCAGUCAGGAGAUGGAUGCUGGUCCUGCUGAUUCCAAUAGUUUAGGCUCUUCCUUUUGUGGGCAGAAGUGUAGAGAGCUCUUUGAGAGUUUGCAGAGAUGUCUUGGGGUCAAACAUGAACUAGAAGCAGGAUAUACAUGGUCUCUUGUUAAGAGAACAGAUGUAGAUAGAGGAUUUCCUUUGAGGGUUGAAUGCAAUUCAAAGCUUGCUGUUGCGUUGACUGUUAUGGACGAAUGCUUUUUGCCUAUUGUUGACAGAAGGAGUGGGAUCAAUUUAAUUCAUAAUGUUCUAUAUAAUUGUGGAUCAAACUUCAAUCGGCUGAACUACAGUGGCUUCUACGCUGCAAUUUUGGAGAAAGGUGAUGAAAUAGUUUCUGCAGCUUCUCUCAGGUUUCAUGGUACAAAGUUAGCAGAGAUGCCAUUCAUUGGUACUCGCCACAUAUACAGGCGACAAGGGAUGUGUCGGAGGCUUUUCAACGCCAUUGAAUCGGCUCUCUGCUCCCUGAAGGUUGAGAAGUUGGUUAUCCCUGCAAUUGCGGAACUCUUGCAUACAUGGACAGGUGUUUUUGGCUUUGUUCCUCUUGAGGAAUCAUUCAAGCAAGAAGUGAGGUCAAUCAAUAUGUUAGUCUUCCCUGGUAUAGACAUGCUACAGAAGCUGCUGGUGGACAAAGAAAAUGAGACGAGCAUGACAGGUUUAAAGAAAAUGGAAGGCAUAGGCAAGGAAUGUAUAAAGCCUGGAGGCAGUGGUAAAUCUGAUACUGGUUCUCCAGCUAGCCUUGAUCCUCACAGGAGUGAUGGAGUCGGUUUGCUUCAUAUCGGUGAAACUGUAGAUGAAGCUACUGAUGUGGAUUCUGGUUCUCAGUGUCUAGGUGUCUCCUUAAAUGAUACUCCUGUGAUGAGUGGCUCUUUAGAUGCUUCUGAUGAACUCAAAAAUUUAGAGUCAACUGGAAGGAGUAUGUCUUCUGAGUCUCCUACCGGGGACCAAUUAGCUGGAUCUACUUCUGACAGGAAAUGUGCUCCUAAUACAAGCAAUGAAGUUCUUGAGAUAGGAACUAAACCACUGCUGGAGUCUCCGGUUGAAGAUAAUAUGCAGUGUGAUUCCAAGUGUCCUGUUGCUUCAAAUGAUACUUCCGUGUUGAAUGGUGGUUCGUUAGAUGCUUCUCAUGAACAUAACAAUCAGAUUUUGAUCAAGGGGACUCUGUCCGCUGACUCUGAUUCAGGUGCUAAGUUAGCUCAAUAUGGUUGUGAAGCAAAUUCCCCUGACAGAAGCUCUGAAGCUGUAGAGACAGCACCAGUGGAAGAUAAUGUCUUGUUUACCUUGCAGUGUCCUGGUGCCUCAUUAAAUAAUACUUCUCAGGUUCCAGCCAAGGGGACUCCAUCUUCUGACUCCGAUUUAGUUGCCAAGUUAGAUGCUGAAGCAAAAUGCCAGCCACCCUCUAAUACAGUCGAUGAAGCUCUAGAGAUUGGAAAUGAAACAAUACUAGAUUCUCCUGUUGAAGAUAAUAUACAGUCCACCUCUCAGUGCCCUGGUGCUUCAUUAAAUAAUACUUCCAUGUUGACUAGUAGCUCAUCAGAUGCCGCUUUUCUUGAACUUAAGGUUUCGGAUUCAACCAAGGGGAAUCCAUCUUUUGACUGUAGUUCAGGUGCCGAGAUAACUGAACACACUUCUGAAGUGAAACACACUUCUUCCCCUGGUACAAGACAUGAAGCUCUAGAGACAGAAAAUCAACCUGUGGCAGAUUCUCCCAUAGUAGAUAAUAUCCAGUCUACAUCUGAGAGUCCUGAUGCUUCGCUAAACAAUAUUUCCAUGUUGAGUGGUGGUUCACUGAAUGCUUUCCAUGAGCUCAACGUUCAGCCUUCAACCGAGGGGACUCCAUCUGACUCUGAUCAAGGUUCCAAGUUAGUUGAGUGCACCUUGGAUGCGAAAUGUCAGUCUUCACCGGAUACUAACGAUGAUAAAAUGGUGGGAAUAAAAACAUUUCUGGAUAAUUCUUCGAAGUGCUUGAAAGAGAGUGCUUCAGAUAAUUCCCAUGAAGAGAAUGUUGACAGGGCCUCUGUUGAGCCCAUUCCUUCAGGAGAAACGUUUGCGGGGAACAGGGAGGAAGUUAAUGGAAAUCCAAAUUCCAGUUUCUGCGAGACUGAGAAACAAUCGUUCAUUGCUCCAGAAAUUGCUUCUGAUACAAUGCACUGUGAAAAGAGCAUCCCUAAAGCAUCUAGUGAUGGCUCUGUCACUGAUUCUGGGAGGGAUGAAUCUGGUUCUGUUUGAUAUUGCUGCUUAUUUUUUAUGCCAGUCCGAAAAUGUUCUCUUCCAAUGCGGGGACGCCUUGUUGUGUUCACAAUUUUGCAGGCCACUGGAGGCCUGGAGCAAAGGGUGUAUGCUCUGAUUCGGAUUGGGUGAAUAAGUGGUGUUACAACUACAGAAAUCCUAGCCUUUCACCUUAUUCUCAGUAUGAUUUUAAGGUACUAUAUCCGACUUAACUGGACCUUGAGAUUUAUUUUUAUCCUGGAAGUUGCAAGCUGUGCCUUUGUUGCAUCUAGGAUUCUGUCAUGUACAAUUAAGUGAAGUUGCUCCUGUGAAAUGCCACCUUGAAAGUCCUAGGUACUGAUGCUACCUCAUUCUGUUCUCCGUAUAGAGAGCUUAAGGUGACGAUUGGAAUUUCUCCAUUGUUAGCUCGUCAUUUGGUGGUUUUUAGGUUAUUAGAACCUUUGCUUCGACUGUCUGAGCAGCAUUAAAGAUGAAUCUCGACCACAAUUUUGAUUGUUCAACUGGUUAGGAAGCAGUGAAUUCCCUAGUCUAGUUCUGCAGCUCAGAUCAGUUUGGAGCUUGAUCAUCUGUGGUAAUGGUAUGUACAUGAUAAGUCGAUCUGGAUCGGCAAUGGGAAGAGCGUUCUGCCACUUGAAAUAGUUCUUCCAUGCAUUUGUGUGAGUUUCUCAUUAGAUUUCCAAAGCGCUCAUUAGUUUUGUAGAUUUAUUGGACUAAGAAUCAAAUUACGUAUAAGAUUGGAGGAGCAUUUCUGUGUAUAUGACUGUUCUCAUUACUUUCGAGCUCAUUAAGUUUUGUUUAUUAUUCGAUAUAGUUGAACUAGUCACCCAGAUAUCUCAAACUAUUGCCCUGUUUAGGCAUUGUUGUGUAAUAUUAGAUGAAGCCCCCUCCAUAACGCUGAUGCCUUCCUAAUUUUAGCCAGCAAGCAUUUAGUUGUCGUUUAAUGCCUUAUAGUCAUGGCAUCCACUUCCACUAGACGUGUUUGCAUCAAACACAAGGGUCCCUAUGGGAUCCAGUCAUAUAAAAAGCUUGUUCAGGUUUUGCAUUUCCAUCGAUCGUGGAAAUGAAGAGAGAGGCCAUGGAUACUUACACAGGCAUAGUCCCUUACCUCUACGGCGUGCUUCUCCGACUGCAGCGUCGGCAGGGAUUUCAGAGAGUUGAGGUGGAAGAACCGUAUGGUUUGGUUAAUCGGAGGUUCAGAGUUGCAGCCAUUGCCGUCAUGAUAUCCAGGAGGUGGAAGAACAUGGUGUCCGGGGCGUCAAGAGUCUUGGGAUAAGGUCUGAUGUCCUUGAUGAUCUAUAUUAUUUUCUUGUUGGGAUAAUGAAACUUCGUUUGUAAUAGCCACAGUAAAUUUCUGCAAAUGCAAAGACAAGAGUGUCAAUCUUUUUGUUUUAAAAUUGGGAUAUUUUCGUCAA